AUGGGACGCGGGCGCAAAUGGGAGACGCAGCAAGAUGAAGCGCUAGUUCGCGCAUAUUUAGACCUCUCUCAAAACUCCAUUCAAGGUGCAGAGCAAAAGGCAGCGUCUUUCUGGGAUUUAAUUCUCAAUCGAUUUAAUACCGCAACAAAGCCGAAGAAGGAGGAAGUUCGUACUGCGCAAGCGCUUCGCAAUCGAUGGUCUAGUAUUUCUCACGACGUGGCCAAAUUUGUGGGGUGUUAUAGUGUUAUUAAGGCCCGCAAUGAGUCAGGCAAGAGUGCGGAUGACGUGAUGAAAGACACUCGAUUACUAUUCAGAGAGCAACAAGGAUCCGAGUUUUCUUUCGAGAGUUGUUGGUUGAUUCUGCAGAAAUGCCCGAAGUUCAUGGAUGGGAUUAGAACCCGUGGCAACUCGUGGAUGACAAUAAAGAGCGAAAUUCUGUACGCUUUGAGCAAAUGA